UCUAAACUAUCCCAGCCAAGUGUUUGUUUAACCAGCUCCUAAAAAAAAUCCAAUGAUGGAGAUUCCUCAGCCUUUCUAGCUAGUAUGUUCCAGUGCUUACCCACCCUUUUACUUAGGAAGGUUUUUUCUUAAUCCAGCCAAAUUUUCAUUUGCAACUUUAAGAUUUACUAAUCCUGUCCUGUGCAGCCACACAGAACAGCCUAUCACAGAGGUCAGCAACCUAUGUCCUGUGGGUUGGGUCCAGCCUGUGAAGAGCCUGGAUCCAGCCAGCAAAGGUCUGAUCCAAUCCAAGGGUUAAGAGUGUUGAUAGAACUAAACUUGGGAAACAAUAUCUUUGAGGAAGUUCCAGAACAGCUGAAGUUUCUCAAUUCACUACAGAAGCUUCACUUAUUUGGAAAUAAAAUUGCUACCAUAUCACCCACAAUAUUUGAUGGAUUAGAAAAACUGACGCUUCUGAAUUUGAACAACAACAGGCUUAAAUAUCUUCCUCCAGAAAUACACAGAUUAGAAAAUCUGGAAUACAUGAGUUUAAAUAAUAAUCAAAUAGGAAGUAUUCCCAAAGAGCUAUGUUCCCUGGAAAAGCUUUCUGAACUCCAUCUGUCCUACAACUGUCUUAUCACGGUACCUGAAGAGAUUGGAUACAUGACAAACCUCAGGAUGCUGUGCUUGUCAAGAAACCAGAUAGAGGUUCUUCCAGAUGGGCUUUGCAAACUGAGGAAACUAAGAAUUCUAGACAUAGCGGGAAACAGAAUUCGGGUGUUUCCAACAGCAAUGGAAGACCUUCUGUUGAUGGAACUGAAGGAGUUAUAUUGUGAAGACAAUCCAUUGCUUCAGAAACAGCCUGUUUGUGCCAUACAAGAAGAAGACAUUUUAUCUCUUACUAUGCAGCCAAAAGAUCCCGUGCCAGAACCCUGUGAGAAUUUUGAGAGAGAGCCAAGUAGCUGUCAGAUACUUUACGAAAUGGCGGCAAGAUUUAUUUUGAGAGAGCUAAAUGAAAAGGAUUCUGUUCUACAGACAGCAGUCAAACAGAAUCCAGAAGUGGGCAAUCUGCUCUCUGAAAAACAUGUGUGUGCUGUUUGUGGGCAAGCAUUCCUGACAACACGACUGGAAUGUGUGUGUUUUGUGCAUGUAAAGCAGAAAAUGAAGCUAAGCAGGAACAUUCACCUCUUGCCUGUAAGGAAGUUGAUAUGCUCUUUCCAGUGUUUUAAUCUUCGUGACCAUGGAUGCUUCGGAGUUGCUGAAUCGUAGAGCAGGCCAGGAAUGCACCCAGUACAUCAGAUUUCCCUUCUUGGCAUUGUUUACACUAACUGUUGAAUCUUAAGAACCAGAUCAGUGUUGCAUCUGUGCUCAUAUUAAAAUGUACACCAUAUAUAGAGAAAAUUAAUUGUACAGAAAUUAUCUAACCUCAUGCAUAAUGUUUCCAAACAAGUGUGUAAUGAUGGUCUAUUUGCCAGAUUUUGCUCCUAAAAAUGGAUGAAUGAAGCAGAUAACAGUCUUUAAAUAUGAUGCAGUUUUAUACUGUAAAUUGUGACCAACAAAUCUACUGUGGCUUCUUUAUUAACAUGCCUCUUUUAAUGGUUUUUGUGUUUUAUAUGUGACAUUUUAAUUCAGAUUUGUUUUUGUGAGGAUUUUAAGUUCAAAUUUUAGAUCUGCAAAGGAAAAUUUGGAUGUGUACCAAGUGAUUUGUUCUAAGUUUUUUUCCCCAUUUUAUUUCAUUACAAGUCCCAUUUUCCAGGAGUUUAUAACUUGACAUACCCAUGUCUUGGCACAAAAGCAAAUAUAUAACUGUGUUUUAAAAAUGAAAAAAAAAUAUUGCCGAGCUUAAUAUUUUUUUUCUUGAUCUGUUUUAACUUUAUAGAAGGACUUAUAUCUCAUGGAAAACUUUGGUAAAACAUGUUGGAAACCAUUGUUCUUAAAUGUCUUUUAUUCUCUAGAUUAUUUUCUUCUCUUUUGAACUCUUAUAGAAGUAUUUAUAUGGAAACAAAUUUUUUAAACUUUAAGAAUGUGUCUAUUCCUGUUUCUUUUUCCCCUCACCUAAAAUUAUAAUCCUUUUAUGUGCUAUGUCAUAAUCCUCUCCGUGUCAAAUAAUUAUGAAGUUAAAGUAAAUUCUCCAAUUUAGGAAGGUGUUUAAGCAUGGUUUAAAUCAGGGGUAGGCAACACUCAGCACACGUGCCAGUUACUGGCAUGUGAAGACAUUUUCCUCGGCAUGCCAGGAGUUGUGCCGAGGAAAUUGUU